ACCGAGGCUCGAAAUAUGGAUGCCACCUGUUUAGGUUUGCAUGGUUCAGAAAGUACAGUUCCCGGAGGCAGAAGUGACGAGCUCCGCUGCACGACCUGGCUGCACCCGCGCACCGGAGAGCCAGUCAACUCGGGCCACAUGAUCCGCUCAGACCUGCCCCGCGGCUGGGAGGAGGGCUUCACGGAAGAGGGAGCCAGCUACUUCAUCGACCAUAACCAACAGACCACAGCAUUCAGGCAUCCUGUGAGUGGGCAGUUUUCUCCAGAAAAUAGCGAAUUUCUUCUUCAAGAAGAGCCACAGCCACAUAUGUCGAAGCAAGAGAGAAACCAAAGACCGUCCAGCAUGGUCAGUGAGACGUCCACAGCUGGAACCACGUCCACUGUAGAGGCCAAACCUGGCCCCAAGAUCAUGAAGUCCAGCAAUAAAGUCCACAGCUUUGGGAAGAGGGACCAGGCCAUUCGGAGGAACCCCAAUGUUCCGGUGGUGGUGAGGGGGUGGCUGCACAAGCAGGACAGUUCUGGGAUGAGACUGUGGAAAAGGAGGUGGUUUGUGCUUGCUGAUUAUUGCUUGUUCUACUAUAAAGACAGCCGAGAAGAAGCGGUCCUUGGAAGCAUCCCUCUACCCAGCUACGUGAUCUCACCUGUGGCGCCUGAGGAUCGCAUAAGUCGCAAGUAUUCCUUUAAGGCUGUGCACACGGGGAUGCGAGCACUCAUCUAUAAUAGCUCCACGGGGGGCUCUCAGGCCGAGCAGUCAGGCAUGAGGACCUACUACUUCAGUGCCGACACCCAGGAGGACAUGAACGCAUGGGUCCGGGCCAUGAACCAGGCCGCACAGGUGCUGUCUCGAUCGUCGCUGAAGAGGGACGUGGAGAAGGUGGAGCGGCAGGCGGUCCCCCAGGCCAACCACACAGAGUCCUGUCGAGAGUGUGGCCACGUGGGACCUGGACAUGCGAGGGAUUGUCCUCAUCGAAGCCAUGAGGAUUCCUUUGGCUUUGAGAGGCGAGAGCAAGAGGAAGAACGGUACCGUUCCCAGAGGGACCCACUGGAGGGCAAGCGAGAUAGGAGCAAGGCCAGGUCCCCGUACUCCCCAGCUGAGGAGGAUGCCUUGUUCGUGGACUUACCUGGUGGCCUGAGAGGCCAGCAAGCACAGCCCCAGCGGGCAGAGAAGAACGGGGUGCCGCCCGCCAUGUAUGGCCCAGGAGAGCAGAAUGGGACCGGCGGGUAUCAGCGGGCCUUUCCUCCCAGGAACAACGCUGAAAAGCACAGCCAGAGGAAGAGCAGCCUGGCCCAGGUGGAGCACUGGGCAAAAGCCCAGAAAGGGGACGGCAGGAGCCUGCCCCUGGACCAGACCCUUCCUCGCCAGGGUCCUAGCCAGUCACUGUCCUUCCCAGAAAACUACCAGACUCUGCCUAAGAGCUCCCGACAUCCCUCAGGGGGCUCUUCACCUCCUCCCCGCAACCUGCCGAGUGACUACAAGUACGCGCAGGACCGAGCCAGUCACCUGAAGAUGUCGAGCGAGGAGCGCCGGGCGCACCGGGACGGCACGGUGUGGCAGCUGUAUGAGUGGCAGCAGCGCCAGCAGUUCCGGCACGGCAGCCCCACGGCGCCCAUCUGUGCCGGCUCCCCAGAGUUCACCGACCAGGGCCGGAGCAGGAGCAUGCUGGAGGUGCCCCGCUCCAUCUCGGUGCCUCCGUCUCCCUCCGACAUCCCUCCUCCAGGCCCCCCGAGGGUCUUCCCACCCCGGCGGCCACACACACCAGCAGAGAGGGUCACCGUGAAGCCACCGGACCAGCGGAGGAGCGUGGACAUCUCACUGGGGAGCUCUCCCAGGAAGGCACGGGGCCACACCACCAAGAACUCCUCUCAUGUGGACCGCCGCUCCAUGCCCUCCAUGGGCUACAUGACCCACACGGUCAGCGCUCCCAGUCUCCAUGGAAAAUCGGCUGACGAUACCUACCUCCAGCUGAAGAAGGACCUGGAGUACUUGGACCUAAAGAUGACCGGCCGGGACCUUGUCAAGGACCGAAGUCUGAAGCCGGUGAAGAUCGCGGAGAGUGACAUUGACGUCAAACUGAGCAUCUUCUGUGAACAAGACAGGAUCCUCCAGGACUUGGAAGACAAGAUCCGAGCCCUCAAGGAGAACAAAGACCAGCUGGAGUCUGUGCUGGAGGUGUUGCACAGACAGAUGGAGCAGUACCGGGACCAGCCCCAGCACCUGGAGAAGAUUGCUCAGCAGCAGAGGUUGCUGCAGGAGGACCUCGUCCACAUCCGGGCAGAGAUCUCCAGAGAGUCCACUGAGAUGGAAAAUGCCUGGAACGAAUACCUGAAGCUGGAGAGUGAUGUGGAGCAGCUGAAGGAGACCCUGCAGGAGCAACACAGAAGAGCGUUUUUUUUCCAGGAGAAAUCGCAGAUACAGAAGGAUCUCUGGAGGAUUGAAGAUGUCAUUGCAGGCCUGAGUGCAAAUAAAGAGAACUUUAGAAUUCUGGUGGAGUCAGUCAAAAAUCCAGAGAGAAAAACGGUGCCUUUGUUUCCUCACCCGCCUGUGCCUUCACUCUCGACUUCUGAGAGCAAGCCGCCCCCACAGCCCAGCCCUCCCACCAGCCCUGUGCGGACCCCUCUGGAGGUUCGACUCUUCCCCCAGUUGCAAACCUAUGUGCCGUACCGACCUCAUCCACCCCAACUGAGGAAAGUGACGUCCCCUCUUCAGUCACCAACCAAGACGAAGCCCCAAGUUGAAGACGAGGCACCUCCCAGGCCCCCACUCCCCGAGCUCUACAGCCCAGAGGACCAGCCCCCGGCCGUGCCGCCCCUGCCGAAGGAGGCCACUGUCAUCCGGCACACUUCAGUGCGGGGUCUGAAACGGCAGUCGGACGAGAGGAAGCGAGACCGGGAGCAGGGGCAGUGUGUGAAUGGGGACUCAAGGGUGGAGCUCCGGUCAUACGUUAGUGAGCCUGAGCUGGCGACUUUCAGUGGGGACAUGGCCCAGCCCUCCCUGGGCCUAGUGGGCCCCGACAGCAGGUACCAGACACUGCCAGGCAGAGGGCUGUCGGGGUCCACGUCAAGGCUCCAGCAGUCAUCCACCAUUGCUCCCUACGUCACACUCCAGAGGGGUCUAAAUGCCGAAAGCAGCAAGGUGACCUUCCCUAGACCCAAGAGUGCCUUGGAGCGCCUGUACUCAGGGGACCACCAGCGGGGCAGGAUGAGUGCGGAGGAGCAGCUGGAGCGCAUGAAGCGGCACCAGAAGGCCCUGGUCCGGGAGCGCAAGAGGACGCUGAGCCAAGGAGAGAGGACGGCUCUGCCCUCAUCCCGCUACCUCAGCCAACCUCUCCCCGGAGAUCUCGGCUCAUGGAAGCGUGAGCAGGACUUUGACCUGCAGUUGCUGGAACGGGCCAUGCAAGGGGAGAGAAAGGACAAGGAGGAAAAUGGCUGGUUGAAAGUGCAGGCCAUGCCUGUCACUGAGUUGGACCUGGAGCCUCAAGACUAUGACUUGGACAUCAGCAGAGAGCUGGCCAAACCAGAGAAGGUGUCCAUCCCUGAGCGUUACGUGGAGCUGGAGCCCGAGGAGCCGCCCAGCCUGGAGGAGCUGCGGGCGCGCUAUCGUAAAGCCGAGAAGAUCCGCACCAUCCUCGCUCGUUCCAGCAUGUGCAACCUGCCGCCGACACCAGGCCAGGACCGGAGCAGCGCGGCCGACCUGGACUCGCAGCUGCAGGAGCAGGAGCGCAUCAUCAACAUCUCCUACGCGCUGGCCUCUGAGGCCUCCCAGCGCAGCAAGCAGGUGGCAGCCCAGGCAGUGACUGACCCGUGACCCAACAUGCAAAGGAGAAGUCUGGAGCCAGGGGCCCAGUGGAACCAGUUUCGUCUGAGAAGAUUGAUCUUCCUUCCCCCAAGGAAACCCCUUCCAGCUCAGCAGGGGUUCUGGCUGGAGGAAGGAGCAGCGCACCAACUGUGGGGAGUUCACCAGAGGGCUCAGUCCUAACAACCCCCACCCCCGACUUGUUUUAGUUCAGACUCCUUUUUACAUAUGACAGAGGCACUUUUGAUACACACUGUAAAAUACUGACGCUGUAUUUUAGAAUCAGAAUAUAUUUUCUAAUGUUCACCUCGAGGGCCGAGUGGCUGAAAGGUGAGGGUGCAGGAUUUGGGAGCUGCACGUGCAGAUUCAGGUACCGUGUGGGUGGUGGGUGUGGGUUGGGGAGAAGGGCAGGGCAGCCAGAGGCCAGUCCAACACCCGGCGAACUCAGGUGAGGGUUGGAUUGGAUAUGUGCUUCCGGUGGAGCCCAGCGUUGGGCUCGUUGGCGUGCUCUCUGGGGGAAGAGGGGCCCUUAGCUGCAGAGGUCAGCUGUCCCUGGCCUGGCCAGGUGACCAGAGCUGGGGGGGGGGGGCAACUCCACCAAGCUGCCCUGUGGAACCCAAGUCUAUGCCUUGGCCCUUGGGUUAGGUUUAGGGGCAGUAGUGUGUUCAAAAGGUUUUGCUCCCAACCUGCUCCUGAGGCUCUCUCAGCAAAGGGCUCUUCCUGGGAAAAACAGAACAGUUUGCUUUAAUUAAAAAAAAAAGUGUACAUAUACACACUUUGAAAUACAGAAAAGGUGAGAGGAAGCACCUUUUAUUGUAUCAUAAGCAAUAAACUUCACACUGGGUGGCGUCUACCUAAAACACCCUGACUCCACACUAGGCUGUGAUAGGACUUCGCUGCCUGCCCUGGAGAACCUAGGUCAGCUUCCCCAGGACAUGGGUCUGGUGGCCAGAGGGCAGGCAGUGUGCCCCCAGCAUCCCUGAUGGAUGGCGGCAGGAUUUGGACUUGACUUCCAGUCUUAAGUGAGGAGGCGGCUGCCAAGCCAGGUGCAGUGUUCGUGGCCCUUUAUUUAAGUUAUGAGCUCGUGAUAUUCUGCAUACAGAAAAUGAUGUUUUAUGGAAAAACAAAAACAAGAAAACCUCCAUUGGGUGGGGCCACACUUUAAAUGAAAAUUUGUCUUUGACUAUGGUCGGGAAAAAAAAAUCUUAACUAUAUUUAGAAAUUGCUGUCUAUUUUUAACUAACUCCAUAUGCUGCCAGUAUCAACUUCAUGACAUUUGCCAAAAUAAGAUUUUAUUUUUGCCUUUGUAAGAUUUUGUUGGAAAAAUGAAUAUUUUGCAAGAAAAAAAAGUUAAUUUAAAUAAAAGUGUAAUGGUUUGCAAAAAAAAAAAAAAAAGAAAAAUGUGAUGUGCAGAUUAAAAUAUUAACCUGAUAUGCUUCCUGCUUCUGGCUGGCUAUAUCCUCAUGAGUAGCCUGUAUUAGUUUUUUUCCAUUUCUUUGGAAAAUCCCCAGUGUCAGCUCUCGAUCUUGCUUGUGUUCACCUAUGAAAAGUUUCUCCUGCUGACAGUUCCUUGACACUUGAUUGACUUUGGAGGCCCUGGGGGAAGAAGGCCUGUGCUUUGGGGCCCUUGGUGGGGCUUCAGCAGCUGCUCACGGUGACCCCCCACCCCACCCCAGUCGAGGGGCCUCCGGGCUGUGGACUCCCGCGUGGGGUUGGUUUGGCAGGCAGACUGCAAUCCAAGAUAGCAGGAGGGACGCCAGGGGACCCUUUCCAACCCACACGCCGCCGGCUCGUUCCAGUGAGGCGGGUUAGUGACGGACCAUUGCAAACUAGAUUUGUUUUUAAUUCAUUUUGACUUGUGAUGUAGGUUUAAAACAGAAGCCAAGAGGGGCGCGGGUGGUUCAGUCCUUAAAACAGAAGCCAAGAGGCCAGUUCAGCUUGGAGAUGUGUGUAGUUCCAAGUUUGUUGUUACGGCAGUUUUCUUCUAUUGCCAAGAAGAGCACCCAAGGUUUAGAGUGACUUUCCAACUAUUUAAACUUGGGAAGAAUAGAUUUCAGGGCAUUCUGAACAGGGAACGCCGCUGCUUUUUAGCUACUGAUCUCUUUUUGAAUUUUAAAAUAAAAAAACUCUGGUUUUAAGCAUCACUUGGAGAUAU